AUGAAGACUGAGUCUCAACUGAACAGCACCUUUGAUAAGGAGAACAUGUGUGGAGCCGAUACAGAAGAAACGCACAAACAAAUGUUCCCACACAUCGGGGCACCCACCCAGUCCUGUGCGCGCCUCUGCAAUCGAACACUUUACGAAUACAUUGAACAGAAGAAGCAAAGAGCUGAGGAGGAGGCCAUGCUAGUUGGCGGGUGUAAAAAGCAUAAGGCCACGCCAAUUCCCGCCCACGUAUUUCUUCCUCUUUAUUCACGCGUGAUGAACAAGGGCGGAGGACGCAAGCCAACCAACAAAAAAUGA